GGUGUAGAAUGUAUGUAAAAUCUUGUAAAAUCAGCUUCUUCUAUAAUAUAUGCACGAAAUAAGGCAGUUUUGUAUAAUAUAUGUCAUUAAACAACCCAGCCAACGUCUCCAUGCUUCAAUGACUUACAUUCUUGAUUUAAUGUGUGUCUGCGAAUAACGGUGUAAGUUUGCUCGUGUAAAAGUGAAAAUAUUAAAAGGUUCCAAUGCACUACUGUUACCUGUCAAAAUAAGUAUAGUCGCACUCGUACACUGUGCACACGCACAGUCCAAUUUCCAGUAGCGCGCGGGGAUACAGACGGGAGGAAAAAUUUAUAAGAAUAGUUAAAAUCUUUGUAAAACUUGAUUAUUUGCUGAUCUCUGUCAAAAACAUACAAUUUGUGACUUGUGCGGUUAGAAAGGGAUAAAAAUACACAACAUUAUUAAUAUCGGCAAAAAUGACGAAAGUGUGAAUGAUAUAUAAAAUGGGAUGGGCUCCUACAAAACCUCAGAUUUGGGGGAGAAAAAGCAUAUUUUUGCACACUCUUGUAUGCAUAAGUUUCACUGUAUUUUGUUUGUACAGUGUUCAAGAACUGGCUGUAGAGAAAAUAGAAGAAAACUUGAAAUUAGGAUAUCGACGGCCCCCGCCAAUCCAACCAUAUCUAUAUCAUGAAGAAUAUAACUCUAUACCAGAUCAAAAGGAGGAAAAAAUGUUGGAAAAAGAACAAACUUCUCACACCAGAAAUGUGUGGAUCACAAUGGGUUUAUGUUGGGGAGAAAAUGCUAAAGUUCACGGGAAGCAAAACUUUCCAUACACAGAAGCAGCCGCCAGAUCAAUACCGCUCUGGCAUAAACUGACAGAAGGACAAGUAAUCCUUCAGAUAGUUUACUCUGGUAACAGGACGGAUAGUCUAGAGAAAUACAGGACAAGGAUACAGGACGCUGGAGCUAGAGUUAUACUUUCUAAAACACAGGACCUGUCCUGCGUCCUUACAGCACAACUUAUUCGGCUCUUAGCAUUCGACUUAGAGUUUGUAGCUCGUGAUGAUAUUAUUAUAACAGCUGAUGUUGAUGCAUUCAUUAUGACGGAAAAAUUCCUUCUUCCUUUAUCAUUAGCAGAGAAAAAUAUUUGGAUUUGGAGAUACGAACUUACAUACAACACAGGAUACACCUUCAUGAUGCCGUUUAUUGGAGCUUAUAGUAAAAUUUGGAGAGAAAUGCUGUGGUACAACGGUAGUUUGUCUGAUAUGGUGAAACAUUAUUCUAGUCUGCUUAACUUCAAGGAUGAUUACACAUGGGAUGUUGAUCAGCAUAUUGUGAGCAGAUCUAUCCUAGAGUCUGGAUUCUGCUCCGUACCGUCGUCUAACAGCCUCUGGUCUGAAGUUAACCUAGAACCUAAACCAGAAAGAGAUGAUAACUGUUGGCAUGGCUCGGGUAUCUGGGAAGAUUGCAAUAAUAAACUUUGGACCAGAAAUGCAAUGAUUAGGUUUCAAGGAAAGGGGUGCAAAUGGUGGCACUUCUAUCCGGAGGAGGGUGUAAAUGAGCUCGAGCAAAAGUUCAGAGAGAUCAUGUCUAGUCCUGGGGAUACAGGUUUAGUCUCUACAUUGCUGAAAGGAGCGCAUCAUUUAAAGAAGACCUACAUGGACCCGUAUAUGUCAGUUGAAAAUAUACCAAGGGAAGAUCCAUCGGGAGAACUAAAAGUCUGGUCAGAUCAUAAAGACUGAUGGAUAAAUUGUUUCAACUAAAUCAACAAAAAUAAAUAAAUCUAUAUUAUAUUUAUAUAUA